CUUCUGGCUCAACUUGGAGCUGUUCUGAACUUUCAUCUGCUCAUGACGACAGCGAUUGCGACGAAACCACCUGUAAGCAGCUGAUCAUGUUAUCAUGAAUUUUCAUCUCGUGAGCGACAGAAAACUAUCCCUGCCUCUUCCUUUCCCGAGCAUAAGCGGAUAUACAGUUCUGCUUGCGACGAAUCCCCUCCAGGUAUAUUCAGAAGGAGGCGUGCGAGCCAUCCUGAUUCGUUUCAUUUUUAUGCCAGAUUACAUGGCCAUUCAACAGUUGUUCUAGAUAGAUGAGUUCGAGGCUCACAUGAGCCAUAUGCACAAAGGCUACUCCGCAGGCCAUAAGGAGCCAGCUAUUGUAAGCGUGUCAAGCGACGCCCCUGAGAUUCUGCUUAACCAUCUUCUUCUCGAAGCUGGGUGCAAUCAUACGAAGCUGGUUUUUCCUCCUUCUACAGUAUAGAUGUCUUAGGAAACAUAGCCUUGGCUGAGAGCUGAAGCUGGCUGAAGAUAGGGAUCUUGUAGUGUGCUUAUCAAAGUGUGGUAUCGGAGUUUCGUUCUAGGCUCCAUUGGCCGAAAUUUGUCACAUUAUUUGCACGUCUUGCAGAGUUGUAAACACCACUACACGCAGUUCGUGGAACCGCUGUCCCUUUCGCGAUAUCGCUAAGCGGCCUAAGGGGCUUUUUGGCCGAUUUCUGAGAUUCUACUCCGUAAAGCUGGGUAUAUCUUUGUCACCUAGAAAAAAUGACGCAAAAGUCAAUGUUUCAAUACCAUGUAUGUCCAAGAAUGCCAAGCAUCCAUGACGACGAAAAACAAACAACCAACAGCAUCGCGGAAUAACAAUCGGCGCGCUUCGGGCUUUAGCCGGACCCCGCGAAAUGCAAUACCAACAUGUCAGCAUGGCUGUCUUCAAUGCACCUCAUCUCUCCGCCAGACGACCAUGGAACCCCAGACACAACAGCUGCCCAUAUCUUUUGAACUUUCUUCAAUAUCCAGCAAGCCAAAGUUGACUCGCACGAGUGCAAGCAAAGUCAGAACAGGCUGUGUCACCUGCAAAAAACGGCAUGUCAGAUGUGACGAAGCAAAGCCUCACUGUCGAAAUUGUGUGAGGAAUAACCGGCAAUGUGAAGGUUACGCCAUCCCGGACAGAAAGCGGAAUAAGGGGCCAGGCCAGUUUCAAUGGGAUUCGAAACGAGUCACCUGGGCAGCUCCCUUGAAGGCGCAGCUUCAUCUUGUUCAGGACUCUCUCGACUUUCGAGACGCUCAGAGUGUUCUCUAUUUUGAUGAGUUUAUACAAGUUGUGCAGAGUCCAUGGAUCUCCGCUGGGUUCAACAGUGAUUUAUGGUCCGUGACGUUACCCCAAGUUGCACGUACCAACGAUAUUGUACGGCAUGCCGCGAUAGCAAUCGGCGCAUUGAGCAAAUGGCUUGCAAAGUCGGAAUAUGAUUCACUUGGUUCGUUGUUAUCGGCGGAUAAUGAAGCGGCUCGGGGGGACACAGACUAUUUGAACGCGGUAUCGCACUACUGCCAUGCGCUCAAACUACAGAGCCAACAAGUUUCGAUACACGACGCUGUAUUCCUUUCAGUUCUAUUUCUAUGUUUCGAGACAUUGCGAGGAAAUAGGAAAGCUGCCUUGGAUCACAUCAAUCAUGGACUGGCAAUGUUGCUUGCGCUCUUGACCGACGCAGAUUCUGCUCUGAUGACCUCGAUCGCCCCAAACCCAAAACCGCUCAUCGCUGUGGUAGCAGAUAUCUUCUCCCAACUGCUCCCACAAACAAGACUUAUACUACGCGGAAACAUCGGCCGUAGCCCCGCUGUACCAAACUUCACCAGAGGCCUACGCGCCAAGAAGCACACAGUUGAGUCUUUCAUGUCCAUGGUAAACCAGAUACCUCGAGAUUACCCACCGACUGAAGAACUUCCCCCUGUUCUUGACAACCUGGACGACUUUGAGAAAUAUUGGCUGACUGGUCGGAACGCCAAACUUGCUGUUGUUCCUCUCCUCAUGGAAGCUGUCCAGAGCACUGGUGUUUUGGUCUCGUCGGAUCCUGAUAUUAUCUCCAGAGUUUGGAAGGAAAUCACAGCUGAUCCACGUAUUAGAGAAAUCUGUGAAGCCUCCACGAAGGAAUUAAGGGCCCUCGAAGCUGCUUUUAUGCCUCUCUUCAACCGUGCAAUUAUGUCGGAUGCGAAAUCAACGGACUACAUCAGAGCUAUUCAUCUUCGCUUGCAUUACCUUGGUACUUGCACCUUCGAUGAUCUCACGCACUUCUAUGAUGUUGAGCCUAUUCAAGCCAAGACGCCCCUGUUUCGCGAGUUCCUCUCCCUAGCUGAGAUCAGUAUCCGCAUCGCGAAGCGGGAUUUGAAGAACCCGGCACAGCAGCUUUCAUUACAAUGCAACAUGGCAUCGCAUCUCUUUCUCAUCGCAUUAUUCUGUCGCGAUGCGCUUCUUCGCGACGAAGCUACAUGGUUGCUGAAAGACUACCCUGGUCAAGACGGGAUUUGGAACGCCCGCUCGCUGUACCUACUAUCUCACAGAAACAAGAUCGUGGAGCGGAUAAAUGCAUCCGAAGGCACGGCCAUGGAGCAGUGGCACAGGUUACUACGCAGAGAAUAUCUGUUUGAAGAAGGAGGUGACCGGGUUAUUUUCUGCUACUUGGAUAAGGAUGAGAUUACAGGGGAGUGGCAGCUCGUAGAGGAGACGGCCGUAGUGAAGGGAGAGCUUGAUGCUAUCGAGUGGAAAAGAAGACCGCCUUCAGCAGCUGGCAGACCGUUAUUGGGAGAUAUAAUUACCCUCUGGCCUGAGUUGGUGGAAUGAGAGAGCAACUUCCAAGCAGGCAAUGGGGAAAAAGGGGUUGGACUCAUGCGAUGUAAUCAGUGAAGAGACCCGUAUAAGCUAUAUAAACUAUGAACAUCUGGUUCUUCGCAUCAUGGUUAAAAGAAGCCUCGAUUUAUGCGAAGACAAUGACCAUGCCAAUGAAAUCUAGUAGAGAAAGAAGAAAAGAGCACAGCACGCUGUUUGUGAGAAGAGAAGUUUACAAAGUAUUAAUGAUAAAGACAGCAAAUCAAGCAGAUAAUAGAAAGAGAAAGUGACAGAAGGUUAUUGGUCCAGAGCUUGGUUCUGCACCAUUUCCCAGUAGAUGCCUUGUUUGUUGACCAGCUCAGUAUGUGAACCCUUCUCAAUAACCUUUCCAUCAUCAAAUACAAAGAUGACAUCUGCAUUCUGAAUCGUCGAAAGUCGGUGAGCGACAGAGAUGACAGUUCGUCCACUGCGAGCUGUGUCGAUCGCGGCUGCAACGACCUUCUCAGAUUCCGAGUCAAGAGCUGAUGUCGCUUCGUCGAGAAGAAGGACCUUUGGAUCUCGGAUCAAGGCGCGGGCGAUUGCGAUUCUUUGCUUCUGUCCCCCAGACAUAGAUACUCCUUUGUGACCCAUGUCGGUGUUGUAGCCUUCCGGAAGUGAGACAAUGAAGUCGUGGAUGAAGGCAUCGCGACAGACUUGGUGGAUCCUGUCGUCGGUCACAGACUCUGGAUUGUCGAUUCCGAAGAGUAUAUUAUCGCGAAUGGAUCCUCUAAACAUGGCGGGUUCUUGAGAUACGAGAGACAGAAGUUGACGGUAAUCGUAGACAUUCGUAUCCUUGAUGUCUUGGCCAUUGCACAGGAUUGCACCAUUACCAGGUUCCAAGUCAUAGAAGCGUUCGAGAAGCGAGAUAACGGUUGUCUUGCCACAGCCUGAUGCUCCGACAAAAGCGGCAUACUGGCCCUUCUCAAUGGUAAGGUUCAGCCUGUCAAAGACGGGAACGUCUCUCGUGGGGUAUUUGAAGGAGACGUCGCGCAACUCAAUCUUGACUCCGCCGUCAGUGUCCUUGAUACCCUCUCCAUGCUUGCCAUAUGUCUGUCGAUCUGGAUGAACAGAUUGCCGCACGUCGAGAAUACGGUUCGCGGAAGCAGUCACUUGGGCAGCGCUUGGCGCCAGUCCGAACCCUUGACUGCCGGCCUCAGCGCCCUGGAUGACUGCCAUGAAGCAGACAAAGAACGCCUCCAUUGAGUAUUCUCCGCUGAUAAGGAGACCACCGCCGUACCAGAACAGCAAAGCCUGACAUCCGAGGCCGACACUGUCUGCGAAGCCAAAGAUCGCUGACGUCCACUGAGCCUUUCGAUUGGCCGCCUUCACAUGCCCAUCCAAGAGAUCGCGGUACCGGCUGUUGAUCGAGUCCUCCAUGGUAAGCGAAGACACUGUUCUAAUAGCCUCGAUCGCUUCGGUCGCAAAUGCGGAGCUUUCUUGGAAGACCGCAGCAUUCAUCUUGUCGAAGUGAACUUCAUGCUUGUACUUCCAGCAUCCACCAGCGAUCAUGAGUGGCAAGGCAACAGACAUGGAGAUCAAGCCGAGCUUCCAACCGAAGACGAGUGAGAUGAUGACACAGCCAGUGAUGUUGAAGAUGGCGGAGAGCAUGAGUGCGAGGUUGAUGCCAAGAAGUUCCUCCAGCUGUUUUGCGUCACUCGAAACGCGAGAGCUCAGAGAUCCAUGGGAGUUGUCUUCCUGAUCAAAGAAGGAGAGUUGCUGAUACAGCAUGUCAUUGAGGUACUGGGAUUUGUACACUCCGCUGACGUAGUAUUGAACGCGCAACCCGAUCCAGCCCUCACAAAGAUACGCAAGACCAACCCCUCCAGCAAGGGCAAACCACAUGAAGCCCCAGAACUGGCUCUCACUCUUCAAGUCACUGCCCUGAAGAAGGAAGACCCCGAGGGCUUUCGCGAAGAGCCAAGCUUGGAUGGGAGUACCAGCUGCGACGGCCAUAGACGAGAGGAGAAUACCAAGGAAGUUAGGCCACUUCUGUCUUCGUUCGUACAGUAGCUUUCCGAAACUUUUGAAGAGACCUCGGGACUUCUUGAGGGCUUCUUCUUGGGUGAAAGUCGCAGUGAUAUCAGCCAGCUUCGCAUCAGGAUGAUGUUUGUGAGACUCAUCAUCCGACACAAGAGCGCCCUUCUCUUCCUGAUUAUCAGCAACCUUAAGAGCCUGCGCCCUGACAAGAGAAGCAUAAACUCCAUGGGUCUUCGUCAUGAGAUCCGCAUGCGCGCCUUGCUCAACCGCUUUCCCGCUCUGCAGCACGAUGAUGUUGUCGGCCUUCUUGAUGGUAGAUAGACGAUGUGCGAUGGUGAUGGUUGUGCGGUUUUGUGUGGCCCUAUCGAGUGCAGCUUGGACGAUCUUCUCACUCUUCGCAUCAAUGGCGCUGGUGGCUUCGUCGAGGAUGAUGAUGUUGGGCUUCUUGAUGAUGCUUCUCGCGAUCGCUAGGCGUUGUUUCUGGCCGCCCGACAGCUUUGCGCCGCCGUCACCGACAUGCGUAUCGUAACCCU